AUGCUUGGCAGAUUUGUGUUUGUUGCCUUAAUUAUCCAGUUUAUAUGGGCACAAACAUCAUGUGGAGUGGGAUUUUCCACUACUAACUACAAGGACAGAUCCAAUAAUUGUGCCAGGAUAAAAAUCUUUGACUCUAAUAACGAUAAGACAAAAUGCGCAAAUUCUAAUAUUACUAAGAGCGCGGUGGUCUCAUUGGAUUUUUCUGCUGCAGGAAGACGUAACUUAGGUAGUAAGUGCGCUAAUUGUCAUAUCUGUUCGGUGAAUCUAUACAGGCCCCGAUCUGAGCCCAAGCGAUUGAGCCCACCCAAUCGCCCAGUCGCGGAUUAA